AUGCAACAGCAAUCACAAGCUCAACAUCUUCGUGGUCCACGUUUAAGUACAAGUUCUCAUUCAUCUACAUCACCAAUAACUAGUAUAUUACCGAAUGGAUUACUUUCAUCCCGUCGUGCAUCUCAAACAAUAGGUCCAAAUCAUAGUCCAAAUCAAUCACGUACAUUAUCACCAAAUACAAAUCAAAUAAAACGUUCAGAAAAAAUCAAACAUACAAUAUUAAUUAUAAGUUUAACUAUAAUUUUUUCAUUUCUCCUUACAAUUACAAUUGAAUUAGCAACAACACUUGUUCAUUAUAAAAAAAAUGAUUCAUCAUUAUCUCGUAAUAUUAUUUCUAAUUUAACUUUAAAUACAAAUCAAACAAAAAAAAUUUCAGAAAAAUCUUCUCGAAUUCGUUCAUUUUUUGCAUGUGUAUGGUUCUUUAAUAUUUUAUUAUUUUUUAUUUGUUUAUUCAUACAUUUAAUUCUCUAUGAACAACAUUCACAACGUGAUCGUGCGAGAGCAGCUUUUCUUAGGGAAUUUGGUCGAAUAUUUGAUGGUAGAAAAUCUUCAUCAAAUAAUACAUUAGUUGAUUAUUUAUUAAAAACAUGUUUAUUAUGUUUUUUAUGGUAUUUUUCGUGUUAUUUAUUAUUUCGUUCUAUGACAAUUCUUGUACCCGGUCAAAUUAUAAUAGUAUAUUCAAUAACAGUAACAUUACGACAAGUACUUGGAUGGAUUUUUUUACAGGAAGAAUUUAUUGGAAAUAAAAUAAUAGCACAUAUUCUUGCAUUAUCCGGUUUACUUUCUCUUGCUCACAAUGAUGGAUUUCGUUUUAAUAGAUUUUUACUUGGUUUAACAAUGGUUGUCGGUGCUGUUUCAAUGAAAACAAUAUUUGAUGUUCUUAUAAAUAGUUUUAUUAAAGAUUUUAAAAGCUCAAAAUAUCGUAUAGUGAUGAUUAAUGUAUGUUUAUGUGGAACAUGUCUUUUUUGGCCAUUUGCUUUAUUAUUUCAUGUAACACAAAUUGAACCAAUUAUAAUUAAACAUUUCUAUUCAUUUAUUCCAAUAAUAACAUUAAUUUGUGCACUUGUUUUCAAUGUAUUAAUAAUAAUUAUUCCAUUUAAAUAUACAUCAUUACCAAGUGUAGCUUCUCUUCUACUUGUUAUUCCUUCAGUAGCUAUAAUUGAUCAUUAUUUCUUAGGUGUAAAUUAUUCUCCAUUAGUUAUUUCAGCUAUUUUAUGUUCAUGUGCUGGUGUUCUUCUUUCAUUAAUACCAAAACAAUGGUUUCAACCUGGUGAAGCAGCAAAAAUGAAACAAGCUUUAGGUUUACUCAAUAAAGAUACAAAUGCAAAUGCUGUUGCUGGUUUAUUAGGCUCGGGUGGCACAGCAACUGGAACAUCUUCAGCUUUUGAAGAAAUACGAGCUCAACGACGUAUACGAAAUGCUCUUCUAUAUAACGAGAUUAAAACGUGA